GCCACGAGCGCCGGCCCCUAUAACUCAAGGCUUAUACGGCCGUCGCACUAGGCCAGGCACUCUUCGUCCUUCUCAUCUUCAUUCUCUCUUUCAUUCCGAGUCCACCGGCUCGGCGUCCGGCUUUUUGGUAGGUAAUAAAAGGAGUUUCUUUUGGAAGGUAAAGCACAUGUAGGUACCCGAAAUAGCUCGCAUUCAAUUGGAAGAACGCUGUUGGCACUGGUCACGCUACAAGUCCUAUUUUUUCAACCAACAGCAAAUGUUCUGCUUCUCUACUUAUCACGUCCUCAUUAUUUAUUUUGUGAUCGCAUAGACAUAUCAUGGACUCUCCGAUCGCCAAGUUAGGGCCAGAGAUUCUACUAGAAAUCUUCGAAUGGCUAUCUCGAGAUCGCAGUGCAACCCUCGUCCCCUCUGUUUUAUGCUGUAGAAAGUGGCAGUCUCUGGUUACGCCUGUCCUGUAUAGCGACGUCGUUCUGACCAAUAAUAAUAUCGCAAAAUUCGCAGGGAACUCUCCAGGCCAUGAGGUCCGUUCGCUCACAAUACGACUAGAUCCUAUUCUCGUUGACCCCUCCAAUCCAUCCGAAGCUAAGCAAAUAGUCGAGUCCAGGCUCAAAGUGUUGAUACUGCUCGGUUUACGGAUUCCGAGGAUGAGGCCGAAAGCUUUAUCCAUUUCAAUCGACUUUGCAACUCCGCUUACUGCCUCGCGAGAGGUCUCUUCCAUCCUAGACCACUUGCCUACUUGCUGUACAAGCUUGGAAGUCCAUGUGUCCGAUGUGAGACAUGGCGGCGUGAUCCCGGGUUUUACUGCAGAUCCGCGAACCGAUGUGCACCUAUGUGACACUAUCCGUACUAUCCUACCUCAAUUACAGCAUCUACGCCUGCAUCUUCCGCGCCUUUGCUCUGCAAUAUUCUCUUCAGGGCAGCCUAGUCAGAAUGCACCCCGUCAAGUCGUCCGCACGCCAAUGCUUAAAACCUGCAUUAUCGACUUUUCCAUGCGCCCACCAGGCCCCAGCUCAUAUUCAGGCGCGUGGGCGAUUCCAUGCAAUGAAGACACCACACAAAUUCUCCCUAUCCCGCCAGCAUCUCAACUACCUUCUGCGCUUCCACCAGUCGUCCCCGUUCUUAAGGACUUCGCUCGUGUUAACUCCGCUAAUAUUGAGAGGUUUUGGAUCAUUGACGUGGAGUCGCGAGAUCCGAGCUGUCCAAAUUCCUGGGCGGCCUGGGUGCGUCGCGAUUUUAUGACCAAUACUAGUUUUCCAAUUCCUGCGACUAAUAUCGGCGGCUUCCGUCUUGAUGGGUGGUUAGCAAGGGUACCAUCGCCAAUAAGUCCAAACAAGACGCAAGAUUGGUUAGCAACACCAAGCAUUUUACAGUCGCUGGCCGAAGGCAGCACAUGGGUAGGAACUACUUCUGGGGCCAUCCUGCCGAUUACUAUGAUACGAGAGCAUCAAGACAUACUUAAGGCACGUACCAGAGAGUCGUUCCAAAAGCAGACCAGAAUAAGUUGCAUGCUAUGGAGAAAUGAGGACGAGACGGGCGAGAAGUUACUUCCAAAGGGACCGGGGAAAUUAAUGCAACAGUGGAACCUGAGUGAAACGACGCCUAAUGGCUGGACGAGAGAUGCAUACCACGGCUCACCUAUGGUUCGAAUACCGUAUGAUGAGGUUUAAAGGUAAAAUACCUAGGCACCUAAUGAAGCAGUUGAAACCCAAUGCUUAGAAGUCGAUUGAACUAAAAUGCAUCGUCCUCAUGUCUAUGCCUAAGAGGAUUCAGGCAUUAUUCGUAUCAUCAAAAUAGCGUGUUUUGGUUUAUUUUUUAUUCUUUAAGAGACCAGGGUGCCUGUCGUAGGCGGGAUGUUUAUGUACAUAUGCAAAUAUACCUUAGUACUCACCCCUGAUUGUUGGUUCAUAC